UCCGUCAUGUUUACGAAUAACAGCGCCGCAUUAUAUAAUCUCUCAUCGAUGGUGUAAUCGUGCAGUUCGUUCUCUUCUCGCAGCUUCUCCAGACCCGUGCGAUAUUUUACAGGUUAUUAAUGGGUCCAAAAAGGAUCUUCAUCAGUAUUGGUUAUGCCACAUUCGGCAUGUUGGUUGGAUCUUCUGCGUUUAUCGUGUGGAAUGUGGUUUAUAAACAACCCUGGACGGCGGCGAUGGGUGGAUUAUCGGGGGUUCUGGCUCUUUGGACUUUGGUCACUCACAUCAUGUACCUUCAGGACUAUUGGCGAACCUGGUUAAAAGGACUGAAGUUCUUCAUGUUUGUUAGUUCUGUAUUUUCUCUUCUGGCUUUUGCUGCAUUUGCAACCUUCCUAACUUUGGGAAUUAUUGAAAAGCAGGCUUUGUCUGACCCCAAGAAUUUCUACCUGUCCGCCGUGUGGAGCUUCAUGACUCUUAAGUGGGCCUUCCUGCUGGGUCUGUACUCUUACAGGUACCGUCAGGAGUUUGCUGACAUCAGCAUCCUCAGUGACUUUUGAUUGGCUCUCUCAUCUGGAGCUGAAUGGAUUUGUUCGUUUCAGAUGGUGGCUUGCUUCACCUGCCACUAUGAAGAUGGAACGAUGGAUGCUUGUCCUUUUUAAUACCGUGUAACGGUCUCCUUGUUUUAACGAAAACUGUCACACUUCAGCCCCACCUUUCCUCCCAUCCUGGAAUAAGAUUUCUGUGAUUCCUGUGAUCCUCAUUUGUCAUUUUCACAUUUUAAAGUUUUAAUAGGUGACUUUAUGACAUUGUAGUCAGGGGUUUUCAAAGGCUUUGUGGGAUACACUAGGACAGCAGUUCUCAAUCCUGGUCCUCGCAACGCCCCGCUCUUCAUAUUUUACAUCUCUCUCUUUUUUAACACACCUGAUUUAAAUCACCAGCGUGUUAGAAGAGAGAUCCAUGAACGAACUGCGUUCCGAUUGACAUGGUCCCUACACAGUGUUCACACUGCUCUCCCCUACACACAGGAAAUCAGAUCAAGAUUUGCACUACACAACUGCCUGCUGUGUCUUCACACAAAGACAAAACUUAUUUUAAGUUAUUUAACCGUAAUCAUGAGAUUUGAGUAGUGGUCACGUCUUGUGCGAUUUAAUUCCCUAUAGAUGAAACUUUAUAUGGUCCUUACAAACUGGAAUCAUAGCAGAAUAUCCAUAGAUGUCCACUUCGCUCAGUCAUAUUGAACAAACACCUGAAGGCGGAUAACAGAAUCGUACAAGAUAUGCAGAGCGGGGGGUCGCGAGGACCAGGAUCAAGAACCGCUCAAGGAUACGGUCACAGGUAGAUGUUCAUUUACUCAGGGCAAGUUGUGUUUCAAUAUCAGAUGCGAAAUAACAAAUGCAUAGCAAGUGAUGUACACGGCUGGUUCUAGGAGCCUAAACCAGAAAUGAAGGAAUGUAGGACAGUUUCAAUACAAGCAUCUUUUAUCGGUCUACACAGUGUUGUUGUAGAUUGUCAGACAGUGUUUUUAUUUGUUUGCUAGAUUCUGUUGUUAUGAAAUAUUUUGUUUAUAUCGUUUAUUUAUGAACUGAAGACAAGUAUUAUUUAUGUUAAUGUUUGGAAUAGCAUACUACUAUAUGAACAGUGUGCACAUUUUCUAAAUGCAUGGAAUACUACAUUUACCAAAUGUUGUGAUGUGUUAAGAUGAUUGCACCAAUUGUGUGGUACACUGUAUCCCACAAUGCACUGCAUUCAACUUGACAUUAUGUCUCCAUUUAUAUGAAAUAUAAUUUCAAAUAAU